UCGGGGUGGAGCGGCCUGGGGUCCUGGAGCUGGGGAACGGCGGAGCCACAGGCCCUGGGUUCCCCACCCUCCCGGGGCAGCUCGGACCGGACGCUCGGGUCCUCCGGGUCCUUCCCCUAGGGGGCGGGGUUAGCGGUUCUGACCAAUGACAGGCCGCCCAGAAGCCCCGCCCCCGACGCCUCACGAAUGCCCAACCGCCGGGAGCCCUGGCCUGGGGCUGCGUGAGCGCUGAACCUGCGGCUGGACACCAAGAUGCCUGGCGAACAGCAGACACCGAAGGUGGAGGAGGAGGAGGAAGAGAUGCAAGAGGAGAUGGUGCUGCUGGUGAAGGAUGAGGAGGAUGAGGGUGAGGAGAAGUAUGAGGUGGUGAAACUCAAGAUUCCCGUGGACAACAAGGAGGUCCCGAGCAAGGCGGCAGCGCCUUCUGCAGACCCGGCGCGUACACACGUGUGCCCGGACUGCGGCCGUGCUUUUGCGCGCCGGUCCACUCUAGCCAAGCAUUCACGCACGCACACGGGUGAACGGCCCUUCGAAUGCCCCGAGUGUGGCCGGGGCUUCUCGCAGAAGUCGGCGCUGACCAAACACGGCCGCACGCACACCGGCGAGCGGCCCUAUGAGUGCCCCGAGUGCGGCCAGCGCUUUUCGGCCGCCUCGAACCUGCAGCAACACCGGCGGCGCCACACGGGCGAGAAGCCCUACGUGUGCACGCAGUGCGGGCGCCGCUUCGCUCAGAGCUCCAACUACGCGCAGCACCUGCGCGUGCACACGGGCGAGAAGCCUUACACUUGCCCCGACUGCGGGCGCGCCUUCGGCGGCAGUUCGUGCCUUGUGCGCCACCGACGCACGCACACCGGGGAGCGGCCAUAUGUUUGCGCCGACUGCGGCACGCGCUUCGCGCAGAGCUCGGCGCUGGCCAAGCACCGGCGAGUGCACACGGGCGAGAAGCCACACCUCUGUACCGUGUGUGGCCGCUGUUUCCGCCACCGGUCCAACCUGGCAGAUCAUACCCGCACGCACACGGGCGAGCGGCCCUACCCCUGCACCGAGUGCGGCCAGCGCUUCCGCCUCAGCUCCAACUUCGUCCGCCACCGUCGUUCGCAUAUGAUGCGCCGUCUCUAUAUCUGCGCUGUGUGCGGCCGAGACUUCAAGCUACCCCCUGGCACUAAGGCCACCACUGUCACUGAGCGCUGCCCAGAGUGUGAGAGUAGAUGAGCCCCCUUGUCGCUGUGGCUGCUAGUG